AUGGAUACUCAUCAUGGCCAGCAAUCUCAGAAAGUUAACAACCCCACCAGUAUCCCUCCUCCAAUACAAACUGGAGGUUUGACUGAACGUAUACCUUUAACGCUUCAACAACGUGGAAUUCAUCAUUAUCCUGCAGACCCAUCCUUCCUCUCCAGCUUCAUCAAUCCGAGUAGGGUUCUUCUUGAUUCAUUCCCCCCUGAGAACGAAGAAUCAUAUGCAAAAGGAUGGUACAGUGGUUUUAUAAAAGAAAGCCAGGCAGCAGGAGCAGAAUCCUCGGAGGUUUCGGACCGCAACAAUGCUACAGGUCAAUCUGAGAGUUACGGGUCUAUUGAAUUUAAUAAUCAUGGUGCGGCAGAUGAGCAUCAGGAUGACAGUCAUGAAUUCUCAGUAAUCGUUGCAAAUUUGGCUGCUGAAGUUACAGAUUAUGUAUUAGAAGAGACAUUUAAGGUUAAGCACACCUCUGUUAAGGGUGCAAAAGUUGUUACUGAUAGAACCACUGGACGCUCUAAGGGGUAUGAAUUUGUUAGAUUUGCUGAUUAA